AGAAAGUGAGAGAGAGAGAGAGAGAGAGCGAGAGAGAGAGAGAGAGAGAGAGAGAGAGAGAGAGAGAGAAUGUUGAUGCCCUGACAACACAUGCCAUUUGGUUUAUAAAAAGCCUCACACAUCUGACUCAGGAAGGGGUGUAACUAGAGCGUCUCUGUCAAGUUCACCCUGGUUGUUCAGGUUGUUGUCAUACCUGAUCUGCAUGAGCUCUUGUGAACAUAUCAGGAACUGAGACAAGGCUUCUGAUGCUGACACAUCCUCAUGCUGAGAGAUUGUGCAAAAGGGGCCAGGUCUAAGGUCCACAGGGAGGAGUCAAACGAAGCGAUGACAGACAAGCACGGGCAAGUAGACAAGAAAACGAAAAAAACAGGAGAGAAGAAAGGAGUCAGAAAAGAUUACCUGAUUGGAAAAGAGUCGAUGAAGAUGGAAAUGAACAAGAUGUUACCAGGAGGCAGAGGAAAGGGGACCUCGAAUGAAGCUCAGAAAGGAGAGAGCAAGGAGAUAGACAUCGGAACGACUAGGAAUACCGGGGAGGGUCUUGUUGAGCUCACUCUGCAGGUGAGAGUGGAGGGGAUCCCAAAUCAGCCUUCAGGUGGAGACAAGAAGACAGGUACAGGAAGGCCAGCAGGAAGCAAGGGGACCAAUCAGAGAGCAGGAAAGGCAGGAUGUGAGAGCAGUCCAGGAAAAGCACUAAUCAAAAACAGAAGUCUCGAGAAAGAGGGAGGAGACACAAAGGAAGAGGAAACCAAACUUAAGAGAAGAGUUAAGAACACAGCGCCAGCAGUGGCAGGUAAAAAACCUGACAGAACAGAUGAUCUGGUUUCAGAUGAGAAAGACUACCAUCACCUACUGAAGCUGCUGCGAAUCAAGCUUCCAGUGGGGGUCCUCAGUCCUGAGGUUAUCAAAGAAUCGCAAAAACAGACUUGUAUUAGAGAUGCUAAAUCAAUCGUUACCGAUCUGGAGAAUUUUAAGAUCCAGUUCUGCAUAACGCCACGAUUGGGCUGCAGGGAAGUGAAGAGAGCCUUAGCUCUGAUGAACAGCGGGGAUGCUCUUGAGCUCACAAAGAUCAUUUUCUUCGAGGCCAAAAAAGAUGACGACAGAAAAACACUGAUGGAGAUUUGGAAGAGGAACUCAACAAGCACAGGCAAAGGGUUCAGGAUGCAGGACAGGUAUACAAGCACACCCAUCUCCACACCUGAAAUGUACUCCACAGCCAUUACUAGGGGCUGGAGCGCUUCAGUGCAUGAGGGCGUUAAGCCAACAGUGACGGACGGUGUGAGGGUGAACACAAAGGAUAUGGAGAACAUGAACUACUUCGACGAGUCCAUUCUAGACGAGUCUGGGUCGGACCGGUUUGGGAGGUUCCACCAGAACAAAACGGAUGAGAUUGAAUGUCUGAAGUUCUUCCAUGGGCUGGGUGUGAUUAGCUCCGAUAGGGAGAAGGUACGCUACACCAAAGGCAACAAAGUUGAAUGUGGCUUCCUCACAGGAAGAUUGGACUUCUUAGCAAAAAUUCCGAAAUCCUCUGGAAUAUCCGGCACUGGAGCCUCAGGGGAAGACAAGAGGCUUGUGAUCGAGUGCAAAGGCACGACUGGCGACAUGGUGGGGAAGGUCUUCACCAAAAGACAGAAUGGCGAGUGCCAGGCUCAGUUGAUCAAAUCCCACGAGUACUGCUAUCAGACCCAAGCUUAUAUGUACAUCCUGAACAGAGACGCUGCGCUGCUGAGAAGGCCUCGGUCAAACAGAGCUGUGAUGGUCAUCAGACAUUAUCACAGGGGAGGUAACAGCCCACAGGACUUUCACUGGAACUACCUCCAGUUGGAUAAGGACAUCCAAACAGACAUUGAAAAACUGAGGGCUUACUGCCAGAGGGAUGUGUUGGCCUGUUUCCUGGCAGUGUUAGAUCUAAUCUUCCAGAAGGAAAUCACCUGAGACGCAACCCGAGUAAUGUCAGGUGAAGGUUGUUCCAGGUUUUGGCAUAAAAAAAGGCCGCCAUGGUGGGUUUAGCUAUAAUUUACUUAUUAUUAAUGCAUGUAAACAAACCUGCCACAUAAAAAACAUGUGCCUUUCUGCAGACAGAUUGGAAGCUCUGAUGAUAUUUAAAGGAAAUCUUCCUGAAGCCCUCCAGACAUUAUGGAACAUUGUGAAAUGGUAACUGGACAUAAUACAGUAUGUACGACCUAACUCUCAAUUAGGGGUACAACACUUAAUCAAUCAAUUAAUUGUCAUGUUUUUUCCCCAUUUCCUGACAUUUUAUCAAUCAAACAACUAAUUGGUUAAUUGAGAAAAUAAAUGACAGAUUCAUAAAUUAUGAAAUAAUCAUUAGUUGUAGCACUACUCUCAACUCUUAUUUCUGUGUGGUCUCUUAAGGUUUCUUCCUCUUAAUGGUAAAGUUCCUACUGAGUUUCUAUUUUUUUGUGCUGCUAUCUAAAUAAAUCAUACUGAAUUAAACAAGUAUUACUUGACAACAUGACACACACGAAAUGCAGUCUUCACCAUGAACUUGCUUGACAUUGUAUCCAAACACACUUUAUUCACAUGACCUCAUUUUAAUGCAAAAGCAAAAAAAAAAAACAGCACACACAUUUUCUCUGCAGGAAUCAUGAGCACACAAAAACUGCAAGCUGUCAGUUCAAAUUCAGGAUUGGAUUCAGACCUAGAGCACAGAACGGAGUCUCAAACCUGGAAGCCCGUGUUCAUCCACAUGACAUAUGAUCCAGUAGUGAUUGUGCUUCACUGCAGAAGGGCCAUCCUGGGG